AUGAAUUUCGCGCUGCGCUGGGUUCAGAAGAACAUUGGGAAAUUCGGGGGCGAUGCCAGCAGAGUCACGCUGGCAGGCGAGAGCGCCGGGGGUGCAGCAGUGCUUUAUCAAGCCCAGGCGUACGGCGGGAGGCAGAAGCAGACGCUCUUUCAAAACGUCAUCACCGCCAGCCCGUGGAUGCCAUCGCAGUACAAGUACAACGACGAGGACCCAACCCAGGCAUACAACGACUUCGCCCAUGAAGCCGGCUGCGCCCAAGCGCGUGACAAACUCCAGUGUCUCCGCGACGCCGACACCAUGGUCCUCCAAAACGCCAGUGCCAAAGUCUCAGAAGCCCGCCCCUUUGGCACCUUUGCCUUCAUCCCCGUCACAGACGGCACCUUUGUCCGAUCCCGUCUGACCAAGCAAAUGCUCGCCAAAACGCUCUCCGGGAAACGCGUCUUAUCCGGCAACAUGGCCAACGAAGGCGUCCCCCUCAGCCCGCCCACCACAAGGACCCUCCAAGACUUUCGCGACUACCUCUCCCUCACAUUCCCCCACUUCUCCGCCGCAGACAAACUCGCCAUUGAAAAGAAAUACAGCUACCAAGGCGACACGCAAGACGUCGAUCCCACCGCACCCACCUUUUCCACCACGGGCACCGCAACAACGCGUGUUCGCCGUGUUUGGCGAAUACGCCUUUGCCUGCCCCUCGUACUGGGCCGCCUCGGCCUUUGCCGAGGCCUGGAAAUACCAGGUUCCCCAUCUACCUAG